UUCGUUUUAGAUUUGAUAAAGUUUCUCGAUUUAAAUAUCCUGCCGUUACGGUCUGUAUUAAGUGAACAGUAUUUGGCAAAUGGUCGUAAAUACCAUAGUUUGGAAGGUAGUUCUUGCUCGUGACUAUUCUGGCACGCAGACUUUCUCCUCUUCACACGAGUGAGGUCCACAUCUUCCAGAUUACGGGAAUCAUCCAUAGCCGACAGGAACAAUGCCAAGUCGAACUUUUCCGAUGACUGAGUAAUAACCCAACAGCGGUAUUCCAAGAUUACCAACCAACAAGUAAAUGAUGGUAAUUAGAUUCCUGAGUGCGCGGUGUGAAUAGGCAAGUGGAGGUCCUCGCAGGGAUGUGGGUCGACGGCGUCACGCACGAAUACCUUUUACGAAGGGACAUCUUCAGCUUGGACUGUUUAAAUAUUUCUGAUGCUUGCCUUGUCAACCACUCAGGCCUAACCAGUUUAAAGAACAUCUCAUCAGGAGGAAAGACAGGUGUUUUUGAAAUUGAGGAUUUAGUGUCAUUACUCCAAAGAGAAAAUUCAAAAGAUAUAUUUGUAGCCACUGUUCCUCAAAGUAUUAACUAUGUUGAUUAUAUUUGCGUUGUCAGUGCCCGCAGUAAAAGACAUAUUUUAGCACUGGCUGAGUUUGUCAGAAAAGUUUACAAGAAGAAAUGUUACAAAACUGACUCAAUACCCAGGAUUGAAGGCAAAGAUUCCGAGGAAUGGAUGGCAUUGGAUUUAGGCAAUAUUGCACUUCACAUUUUCUCCGAAAAAGCAAGAAAGGUCUAUGAUCUUGACUCUUUGUGGGCAGUUGGACCAGAAUAUGAUGAACAAAUGAAUAAGAAACAUGAUGUUGCAGAUAUAUUCCAGAAUUAUAGUGAAUAUCUGAAAGACCUCAAGCCACUAGCUUAGCUAUUUAAUUUGAUGAAUAAAACUAUUGUUUAAAU